CUAGUUCUUCUUCAUCAACGUACUUUCCCGGAGACGAAGAGCUUAGCAGUCUCAGUAUUGAAAAAGCCGCAAGACCGAGAAACCGAGAGCUCCAGUAGUACACGCGACACCUUUCAGCUCAUUGAGCUCCCAAGUUGGCUCAAAAGGAGACAUUGAAGCUCCGUUCAUGGUAAGUUAACGACCUGCAGGUUGCUAUGAUAGCUCUCUGUUGUUGUCUAUCAAGACGUUGAUCUUUCUUGUCCUUCAGAGGAUUCUGGACGAGCUCCAGUGCUUGAGAGAUCUCUUCGUCGAGAACGCUCGUCGUCUACUGCAUCUGUUGUCCAAAGCUCGAGCUGACAUCACCAAGUUAUUGCAGAAAUACUACACUCUCCUGUUCGCAGACGCACCGACUAGAGUUCAUCACGCAAUGGUUGACUUUAAUCGAUGGCUUGUUGAGGUGCUGAAUGACACACGCUCCGAAGGGAUCGAGUGGGGCCCAUCGUAUGGUGAGAACCCGUGGCUGGCUCUGGAAGAGCCACAGCCUCAAGAUGAACCAUUGGUUGAAGCCUUCACUGCCGACGAUGUCAGUACCUUCCGCCUAUUAAGAACGGCCUGCGAGUAUUACAUGGCUCGUUGUGAGAGUCUCCAACACACCAAUGCCGAUCUCACAACGCAGCUCGACCAAUUAAAGGUCAAGCUGAACGAAGCGCUUGUCCGUGCGUUUGAAACACAGCAGACGUUGGAGCGCGAGCGAGAAGUAUCGAUGCUGCAAGCUGACCGUAUUGUGAUGGGGGUGCAGAUUGGCGACCAUCUCUCGCGACAGAAUUCACACGGCCAGCGUCCGACAAGUCUACAGCAGCAGAUUACAGAAGCUUUCCAAAUGCUGGACGUGAUUAGCGGAGUUCCAGUUGAAGGCACUGAAACAGAGUCGACUUCGGUGAGUGAGUGGGGGCCUGAAGGCGAAGGAGAAGGAACCCAAGCUAAUGAACUUGAAAGCGCCGAACAUCAAACAACUGUCGAUACGGAGGAACGUCUGCAUUUAUCCAGUCGUGAAGAGGGUGAGGCAGCGCAGCCGUCUUUGGCUCAUUCAACCGCCACGUCCGAUGGUUACGACUACCAGCACCUUACCGACCUGCGUGCAAGUGAAGAUACGAGCAGUAGUUGGUAUCAACAUGCACUGCGCUCACUCAUAGACAAGCGCGAGCAACGCAAACCCAGAGAAGAUCCAGAAGCAAGUUCCUUUACCGCUGAUGCAGACCACAAGGAAGCUUUUUCUGAUGAUGCACAAGAGUUCGUGCAGCUCGUUUCUAUUCGCAAUCCAGCUGAAGACGGCGAAGACUCGACGUGGUAUCGUCGAGCUCUGCAACAUCUCAAGGACGAGCGCAGACGCCGUGCGAGUCUCCGUGACCGCGACUCCUUUACCUCCACCAUUUCUAUCGUCGACUAGCUGACAAGCGAAGCAGUAUGAAAGCCAAAGCCCAGUCGAGAUAGUCCUCGCCAGCACUACCAGUCGUUAUUCCCAAGCCAACCAGACGUACUUCUGCUCAACGUGAGCGUACAAGUUUUCCUGGUUUAUUCAUGUGCAACAAGAGAUACUUCAAAGUACUCCGGUACAACCACUGCUCUCACCACGUUUUAUCCCAGAUAAUCAGUUCAUGCAAACGUUUCUCGAGAUCUUCGUUACGUUGGCCGAGUUCCACGAUAUCAUCUCGUGCAUUCCGUAACAGAUACACUGCGUAAUCGUAUUUCUCCUGCAUUUCGCGUUGUUCCUGCAAGAAAUCAUUUUUAAGCUC